GCGAAAAGCCGGGGUGUUUACUGUGCGUGAGGUGAGGGGGCUGUUGAGGAAGAAUCACCACCUCUUUCCUGGACCCGGCCGGCUGCUAGGCCCUCGGGGGUUACCAUGGGACUCCGAAGGAAGAACAAGAGCCCAGCUGUGCUGAGCCAUGAAUUCGUGAUCCAGAACCAUGCGGACGCCGUGUCCUGCCUGGCUAUGGGCUUCCUGCUGGGGCUUAUGUUCGAGGUCACAGCCAAGUAUGUCAUCAUCUUUAUCACUGUGCAGUACAACGUUACCUACAUCAUUGCUUUGUUUUCAGAUGACAAGAGUGAGCCAAUUCAUUUAUAUGAAUACGGUCCAAAAGAUAUUGCCACUAUCUUCUUCUACAUGCUUAUAGCCAUUAUUCUUCAUGCUGUGAUCCAAGAAUACAUACUAGAUAAAAUUAAUAGACGUCUCCAUUUGUCAAAAACGAAGCACAGCAAAUUCAAUGAAUCAGGGCAGCUAGCAUUUUUCUACUUGUUUUCAUUUGUCUGGGGAGCAAGUAUUUUGACUGCAGAAGAAUUCAUGACAAACCCUACCUUGUUAUGGAAAGACUAUCCCCAUUCUCGUAUGUUUUUUCAGGUAAAAUUCUUCUAUGUCUGCCAGAUUGCCUAUUGGCUUCAUGCACUCCCAGAAUUGUACUUUCAAAAGAUUCGAAAGGAAGAUAUACCAAGACAGCUAUACUAUAUCUGCCUUUACAUUGCUCACAUAUCUGGUGCCUACGUACUAAACCUUCAACGUCUGGGGCUAAUUUUGCUGGUACCUCACUAUCUAGUGGAGCUCAUUUUUCAUGCCUCACGUCUUUUCUACUUCAGUGAUGAAAACAAGCAAAAAGGAUUUACCCUUUGGGCUUUACUGUUUGUAAUGGCUCGUCUUUUGACCUUAACCUUAUCUGUGCUCACGUUUGGAUUUGGUCUGGCAAGAGUAGAGAAUCCAGGUUUUUCCAUAGCAGACGGAAACUUCAAUGUUCUCACUGUGAGGAUUAGUUGCUUGGCUGCAAUUUGUCUAACACAGGCCUGGAUGAUGUGGAAAUUUAUAAAUUUUCAGCUGAAGAAAUGGAGAGAGCAUAUCCAGAACCAGCUUCCUAAGAAAAAAAUCACUUACACAAAGAGCAAAUCAACAAAAAAGGAACCAAACAAAGCUAACUUUGUCAAUGGAGCAGUAAAAUUAGAAGAUGGAGGAGCAUCACCUAGAACAAGAAAAUCAAAAGCAUUAUGAGAUAAAAUCUAAAGUUAGAAGACAACAUAUUGACAGAAGACUGUGAUUUAAAAAUAUAUUAUAUCACUGCAGAUUCAUAGGCUAAUACUAUUAUUUUGUCUUGUUAUGAUUUAAAUUGACACUGUCAGGUUAAAAUUAUAUAUUUUAAACACAUUUCUUUAUUAAUACAUAAGUUAUUAUGAAAACUGAUCAUCUUUAAUCAAAUUUAUUUACAAUUAAUGUUUGCCUCUUUUGGUUUCACUUAGCUUGGACAAUGAAAACAGAAAAAUCAUUUGCACUUUCUGGCUCUUAGUAGCACAAUUCUGCAGUGUAUUAGUGACAGAUAUUUCAGGAGAAUAUUUCAAUCUAAACAAUCUGUUUAUUUGGAAUUAGAAGAUUUACCUGGCAUGACUCAGGUUCUUAAAUUUUGUUUUUCUCUAUUUAAAUCAUUGUUCCAGGGUGGGGCUGGGGAUGAGAGGUUCGGUAUGCAGGCUACCUCAGAGAGACAAAACAACCCGAGCCCUUUCUCACCACAGCAGCUUGGGGCUGCAGCUCCCAGCAGACACAGAAAGCGCAGUGGUGCAUGUCUCCCAGCUGGGGGACAGACACAGACAAACUCUCUGAAAUAUAUACUAGAUAGCUGUUCCUUUCUCCACUCCUGCCAGUUCAAUAGGGUUAUAGCUUUCUUGCUUCCCCCCGUGUGGUCAUUCUGCGGUAUAACUCCCUCCUGCCAGACCCCUCCUUUCUAUUUUAUGAGAAACAAUAGAAUCCCAAGCACAUCUCAUUAUCCUGGCACAACCAAACUAUGGAUGAAAAAUCCUGUUGAAUUAGUUAGACAGUUAAACAUAUUGUUUAACUGCUUAACAGAUUAAAUGGGGAGUAAGCAGGGGGGAUGGAGGGCUGCUCCAGCCCUCCCCACCUGCUGCUGGGCAGGAGUGCCCCCUCGAGCUGGAGUAGCACCUGUCUGCGGUGGGCCCUGUGGAACCUGAUAAGGGUGAUGCUUACCAGUUAACCUUUCACAUCCCUAAACCAAACCAUGACCGUGUUUUAUGUUAUCAUAAGAGGAACUUAUUGUUUCUGCAUACCAAAUUUGGUGAGUCUAGCUCUUACUUUUUAUAGGCGUUCUUAAACAAACCAACUCUCAGAUGGACAGACAUACACACAUUUCUAAAAUAAAUAGUAAUUUUUAAAAACAAAUAUUGGAAACAUUUUCAUUAAAAUUAUGCUUUAUAAAACCAGUUUUACAAAACCUAAAUUAUGGGCCAAAAAUAUAUGACCAUAUGUGUUUAACUUUAAACUUCUGCACAACUGACUUAAGAGAUAGUAUAUCUGAAAUACAUACAAGCAUGGCAAAAAAAGAGUAAAUUACAUCUAUUUCCCUUUAAAGAUUAUAUAAAACGUGAUUAUGUAACAUGUUCAUCAAGUUCUGACUUAGUAUACCUAACUUCCUCUUAGGCGAUUUUGAUAUUUUACAUAUACACUCAGAGUAUCGAAUGCAUUCACCUUGCAGAAUUGCCAACGUACAUAGGGAGUUUGAAAUAGAUCGUAAUGUCUUAUCUGGAAAUAAGUUGUCAAUUAUUAGUGUGAAAGAUUAGUGUGAAAUCUUGGUGCCAUUGAAGUAAAUGGCAAAACUGACACAGAUAUUACCCCCAUGGCAAAAUUUUGUGAGAAUUAUUCUGGUAAUUUUUCUUUAAAUUUUUGUUACCGACCUGGAUGAUAGUUACACAUGGCUUUUUCAUAAAUACUAUGAAGUUGAAUUUAGUAAAUGUAAUUUCUGUAACUGGGGGUUUUUUUUAAAAGUAGCUAAGAUUUUUAAUUACCUGUGUUAAGGAGCCACUUGUUUUGGUUUCAGAAUCAGGUUUAAGUUUUUGUAUCUCCAUGAAGCUAUUAAGGUGCUCAUUAUUUAAAUAUUGAUUUUUAUAUGAUUUAUAUUUAAAUCUGUAGACAAUUUCAGAAUGUUUCCUCAGAAAUAAUAAGAUCUGAUGCUAGUAUAAUUAAGUGGUCUAAUAAAUACUGCAUUAAAGGCCUCUUAUCCUCAACCAAUGCAUCCAUUUUGCAUGACUACUUGCCAUCCUGUUAGUCAAUUGGAUCCUAUUUCUCCAGCAUACAAAAUUUUGUUCAGAAAACAGCUGACAUGCAUUAGAGCUGAUGUUUUAUUAUAUGCCUUGGGUGCAUGAAACACCAGAUAUACGCAUUAAAUUGCUUUGUCGUGUGUUCUGAAGUGGUUAAGAUUUAGGAAGGUUUAAAGUUCUUAAGCCCUGGUCUACACUAGGACCUUAUUCCAAAAUAACCCCUUCCCCUCAAGUUAGAAUUUAUAAGCAGUGUGUUCACACUACUAAGCCUGUUAUUUUGAAAUAACGGGCUGCGGAAUUCGAACUCUGUACUUCUCCUUUUCUUGAGGAAUAAUGCUAAUUCCAAAAUAGUAAUUGCAAAAUAAUGUUAGUGUGGAUGCUCCGGUGCUGCUGAUUCAAACUUAUUGGCCUCUGGGAGGCCUUCCGCAGCUCCCCAGUGUGCUUCCUGGGUCUCUAAGUCUGAGGUAAUGUGUCCACAUUAAUGGAGCUUGUCUUGGACUAAUUUCGAUGCUUCCCUGUAGUGAGGACACACUAGUUUGAAUUUGUUAAAUCAGGAGUUCUUAAGUCAAAUUUAGUAAUUUUGAAAUAGUGUCCUAGUGUAAACAUGGCCUCAAUGUUAAUGCCACAAAAUAUAACAUAUACAACUUUAUUGAAAGAAUAAUUAUUUAAUGUUUAUCCAUAUGUAGGUUUUUUCUUUAUUGCUAUUUCUACCCUUCUCUCCCCCAAUCCCCCCCGGACUGGCUGCCCAGCUUCUUUUCCUUUUU